UCGCGAUGCUCCUGCUUCCCGUGACUCUUCCCGCUGCUCCGAGUUCGCCGGGCUCCGAACGUUUUUGAGGGGGGCAGAAUAAUUGUUGCGAAUAUUUGUGGUGAUGAAAAGUAAAUGAUUAUUAACGACAGGUACCGCAGAAACUGUUUAAGUGGUUGAUGGACGGAGCCCUUGUAAAUCCGUGACUCUUGCGCCACGUGGGAAAUACGAGCAAAAAUAUUUGAUUUGAAGCUCGAUAGCAAAGCUCCCCGACUGAAGAGACUAUGCAUCUGAAAUAGUGUGAUAUUAUCUCGACUUCUCGUGUUUCUAAGUCAAGGUUUAAUCAUGAAUGUGAGCGAAUCCAGCUUAACCGCUGAAGAAGCGGGUGAUAUCGAGUUCCACAAGAAUUUCCUGCUGACUACCCGAUUUUGGGUGCAAAGAAUACUCGUCCCUUCAAUCAUGACAAUCGGCAUCGUUGGCAAUGUGGUCACCAUUGUGAUUAUGACCAGAAGAAGAAUGAGAAGUUCCACCAACAACUAUCUUGCUGCCUUAGCUAUUUUUGACAUGAUGUACUUAAUUUUCACAUUCAUUCUGUCUCUUAGUCACUACCCGAGAAUUCCAGAUAGUGACCAUUUCGUAUAUUGGAGGUUAAAACCUUUUAUCCUCAUGCUCACAGAUACUUGCAGUAAUACUUCUGUGUGGUUGACUGUCACUUUCACUGUGGAAAGAUACAUAGCUGUGUGCCAUCCAAUGAAAGGUAAAGUAUUCUGCACUGAAUCUCGGGCUAAAAAAGCAAUAGUGGCUGUUUUUCUGUUUUGCUUUGCAUUCACUAUUCCUACCCCUUUUGAAUGGAAAGUAAUCGAAAGAACAGAUCAGACAACAAACCAUACAACUCUGGCUCUGGAUCACUCAGAAAUGGGCAAGAACUACCUCUAUAAGACCAUUUACUAUUGGUUAACUGUAGUGUUCUUCAUAUUCGUACCAUUCAUUCUUUUGGCCAUUUUCAAUAGCUUCUUGAUCCGAUCAGUGCAUCUGUCGAAAGUCCAGAGAUCAUCCAUGACCAGAGGAGAGAACAGUGACAACAGCCAAGAGAACAAGAUUACCAUCAUGCUGAUUGCUGUGGUCAUCCUUUUCUUCAUUUGCCAACUACCCACGGCUUGUCACCUAUUGUACAGCACCCUUCAUGAAAAUUUCGAUCUCAAACAGCUCUAUCUCCUCAGAGGCUUGGGCAAUAUCUUCAAUUUCUUGAUGUCGUUGAAUGCUGCUGGCAACUUCGUCCUGUAUUGUCUUUUGAGUCAAAAGUAUAGGAGAACUUUUAUCCAGAUCUUUUGUCCUUGUCUCAGAGAAAAAAGAGGCAUGAUGAAUUCUAUGUAUUACCAGAGUACGGUUUGCAGCAACGUCGACACGGAUAGUCCUGGUAGUAGCUCCAGUAGAAGGCUGAGCAACGCUAGAAUAAGCAAACUUGGCACUCCUAGGGGUAGCAGUGGUGACGUCGAUCAUGCAAGAAAGGACAGCCCCGCGGGAGGCUCACGAACAGUAUUUUUGCAGGUACCAAAAUGUUCUGCUUCAAAAGUUGUGUACGAAGAUGAUGACGAUGCAUUCACUGAAGACUCUAGUCAAGGUCAAACCUCUUGUGCUGGUCGAUGCAGGAAGAUGCUUCGUGGCCCCUGGAGACACCUAAAGCAAUCGAUGGGCAUCGAAGACAAGAAAACGCGAGAGCAAGUAAUUCCACUGAAAGGAGGCGGCAACAAGUGCAUUGUCAUAACUGCGCCUGAUGGGAUACCGGAUUCGUCUUCACAUUGGACACCGAAUUCUGCUGUAUAACACACCUGAUAUGAAAUUGUGCAUCUUGGAACUAUAUUUAAGCGAGAUGAUUAUCACCGAUGAAAAACUUUUGAAAAAUGUAUUUUGAUCUAGUACUGAAAUGAUUCGCUAAAAAGAAAGUGAGAUAUGUUUUUGUAACAUAAAGAAAUGAGAAUAUUAAAAGUAUGCACCCAUGAAGGAGACAGAAAUAUAAUUUGUCCAUAUGUAAAAAAAGAACAUUGUAGUAUUAGAUAUGCUAAUUUAUGUCUAUCUUUAAAUAAUCGAAGAAACUGAAAAAUUGAUGAGGGAAGAAUGUGUAGCAUCAUUUGGCUUUAAUAGACAGAAAGCAGCAAUAAAAAAUAAAACAUUGCAGAAUCUAUCUGUAAAGUUACAAAAAACUUUAAAUGCUAACUUGGUAUUUUAUUAUUAAAACUGCUAACAAGUCCACAUCCUUUGUAAAGUAGUAUUUAUAAGAACUAAGAGCUAAAUUCUGUAGGAUAGGCAUUGUUUUUUUUAUCAAGUAUAUUCGCCUAUUUUCAUUGCGAACUUUUUCAUUGCAAAAUAAUUAUUUCCAAAUGUCCCUUGUUAACAUAACGUAAGGUUGAUGAUGUGUAUCAUAAAUAUUACAAUGAUCAUAAUGUUUCUAUAGUUAUUAACAGGAACAUUUAUGUAUAAAAAUUCUAAAAACAUUGCUGACAAAAAUCAAAGUGCACAUACAUGCAUAAAGUUCUUAUAAUAAUGUAUUUUUCUAGUAUUGUAGAGAGAAUUUAACUAUGUCAAAAUCUUGUUAUAAUCCUAUGAGUAAAAUUCAUUUAUUGAUUCAAUGUUUUAUGACAAGUGGAAAAUUUGAAUGAUUUUGAAUUUGUUGUUUUGCAUAAGAAAUUGUUAAUUUGUCAAUGAUGAAUUAUUGAGAUAGAAGAAAAGCGAAACAUCUCAGCACUUCAGUAGCAAAAUUAACAAAAUACUUCUUGCAAUUGCCAAAACAUUUUUUCAAUAUAUUUUUUAUUUAAUUAAAAGUAAAUUUAAUAAAUUAUUUUUAAGUAGAAUAUGCAAUUAUAAACUAAAACAUAUCUAAACAAAUUUCGUAGCUCACUUGUGUAACACAUAUCAACAAUUGUUUCCAUGUAUGUUUGAUAAAUCUAAAAACUGAGCCCCACCAGAGUCACAGAAGUAAUGAACUAAAAUUUCUUCAAGGAAUUCACAUAUCCUUUACUAUUUACAUCAGUCUUAUGGAAUUUAAAAAAUAUUAUUCAUGGAACCAAUAUUUGUGUACCAUACGUCUAGCCGAUUUAAACUCGGUAUUUAUUAUGCAUAUUAUUACUUCACAUAAUUUUAUUUUUAUGUCAAAUGCAGUUCCCGAUUUAUUUGCCUUAUACAUUAUUUGAUAUGUGCUUAGUUCUUAAACAGAUUUUAAAAUAAGCAAAACUAACUAUUUGUAAACUAUUAACAUUAUCAGAGUUCGUUAAUAUUUAAAUCUAAUUACUGUUCAUUUUUUAAGGUUAUGUAAUGACUUUUAUUUCCAUUAUUAGUCAGAUCGAUUUUUUUAUCAGUUAGCUUACCAUACAGUGAGCUCCAUGAAAAGGCAACAAGCAUUUAUUUAUUCAAACACUUUACCUUGGCAUAUACUUUAAAUCACAUAAUUUCAGUAAGUAGGGAUCUUUAGCACCCAUUUAUAUUAAUUUAUUUAAAAUACUUAAAAUAUUUUAGCUCCUGUAGGAGGAAGGUUGCAACUGAAAGCAACUAUUAUUAUUAUUUACUAUUCUUAUAGUGUAAAAGUGUCAGUCUCACCUAUGAGCUCCAUGAAGUGUAACCUCUCUGAUUGCAAAAUUUGCAGAGAUAUGUAUAUUUCUAAAUUUGAAAAGGUUCAUCAGACAUUUUGGAAAUUAUUAUAGGAAGAAAUUAUUAUAGAAGUGCAAAUAUAUUUUUAAAAAAAACAGAAAAAUAUCUGUUAUACAUAAAUAUCUGCUAUCCAAUCCGUCAUCCAAUGGCCAUGAUUUAAAAGAAAUUUCGUCAUUUUGGAUGCUUUUGCUCAAUUUGAUAAGUCAAUUAUUGUAGCCAUCGACUUCAUCAAGAAAUUGAAAAUGUAGUCAAAGAAAUAACGAUUAGUAACUAAGAGUAAUAAAUUCUCAGAAUGCAAUUGCAUGCGCAAUAUUAAACUCUACCUAAGAGGAGGAGAGACUCGAUCGUUAAGGAUACAAGCUGCAUAAAUAAUUUUUGCAGCUUAUGUUUAUUUUCGUUCUAAUUGGUAUUUGCUUAUUUUUCUUCUCUUGAGAGUUAUAUGUUAAAAGAAAAUGGAAAACAAAAGAAACAAAAUCAGCUGGCGCUCUUAUCGCCGCUCCUUUUCCCAUCCAAGGUUCGAUUUAAUGCCCUUGAUUAUCAUUUUUUCCCCCUCCUUUUAUCGUCUGUUUGGGGCUCGGUUUCGUUUGUGUUUUUCUUCAAUGAAAACGUUUUUGGUUGCUGAAAUGAUAUUUUCUAACUGUCGUUUUUCUUCUUUUAGAAAAUGUUUGGCUAUUAUCAGUAUAAGUUCCAUCAAUAAUAUGCAAUUUUCCAACAGUGGAAAUAAUCUAUACAUGCUUUCUAAUAGUUUUUAAAUAGAACUAUUAGAAACUGUUACAUAGAAUUAUUAAACAAUUCUCCAUUUAUUCAGUUAGUCAUAUAAGAAAUUCUUAAAUUCCUAGAUAACAUCUUUCAUAACAAGCAAACAAUAUUUCAUUUGAAGAAUUGAUAUUUGAGAUAAUAAUUACAAUCGCCUUUAUGUUAACUAUGUAAUGAAUCAAAUUUGAUGCAAAAAAGAAAAAACAAUUGUAAAAUAUUUUCAGAAAAAAAUUUAUAUUGUUGGCGAAAUAGAUAAUUGGUAAUAUGCUCCGUAAACAUUAUUUCAUAGAAAGAUAUGUAAAAAGGCGCUAAUUUUUACAAAAAAUGUUUCCUCCACUCCAUAAUCAUUGAAACGUCUUACGCUUUUGAAACGCUCCAAAACAGUGCACAUAUGUGCACACUGUCUUUGUUCUCAUUACUUAAUCAUAUAAUAAUAAUUAAUUACGAUAUGUUGUAAAUACAUUAUAUACUAAAGGAUUAAAAAAUUCUUGUAAUCAGUGAUCCAUGUCUGUAUGUGCCACGGAGCAGCAAACAAACCUCAGAAUUCAAUACAGCAAAAAUUUCGUUUAAAAAAAUACCCUGUAGAAAAUAAUAUGCUUUGCAUUUACUAAAUGGACAAUUUUUAUAAAAAUAUUUCUGCAUUGUAAAAAAGAGAUCUGACAUUAUUUCGAGAUUCGUCGUAUCAAUAAUGCGAAACUUUAUCAUGAGGGACAAUUAUUUCUCAAAAAUGAAUCUCAAUCUCUUAAGGAAUGAUUAUUUACAAUAAAAAAAAAUAUUUACUUAAACCAUUAGUAAAUUUACUACAGUUACGUGUGAAAACGGACAGAUAAAUCAUAUUUUAAGGCAGAGAGAAUAAUAAUUCAUUAAUAGAACAGAUAAUCGAAUAACACAACUGAGAGUCUGAAUGUUUCAUCAAGGUGUAUUAAUAAACCUUUUCGUAGAUGUAGAAUGUAGAUGGCAGCGGCAGUCGCCCUUGAUCACCAUUAGGGAUAUGUUACGCACAUGGCGACAGAGCUUGUAAACAUUCCACUAUUUAAUUUCAAUAUCUUGUCAAAGCUAUUGUUCAUAUUAACAUUCUGUUGCAGAAUAACGUUAAAUUUGCUGAUUCCAGGUGUACAUAUAUAUAUAAUAUAUGAAAUGAAACUUGUCUAUUUGUCGCAGAUUAUGAGAAAUCAUCUCUAUUCGGUGCAAAUGUAGUUAUUUCAGAAAAUAGAUGUUGAUAUAAAAGGAUUGCUUGUGUAGUUUUAGAAACGGCACUCCUGAAUAUAUAAGACAUUUUUCACCGACGGCUUAGAUUCCCAUGAUUUCAUUCUAUUGACUAAAAUUUAAGAGGGUAAGUAUCAAAAAAGGAAAAUAUUGAACAAUCUUUGUAAAAAUUGUUUUUUAUUGUAAAGUAUUCACCGUCUUAUAAACUAUUAAAAUAAUUUUCUAUGGUCAAGAAUUGUUAAACAUAUCAAAGACAAACGUAUCAAAAACAAAAGUAUUGACAGCCAUUUAAGCAACAAAAUAACUAAGGAUUGUCGCUUUAUUAAAUUGAUGAGAUUUCGAAAUUUUUCAUAAUUUCACUACGCAUACUGUGGAUUUAGUACUGAACUCCCGAUAUCGUAAAAAAUGUUAUACCUUUGAUGAUAUUUUGGCUGUAAUAUCUUUUGAUGAAAAAUGGUAUUGAUCAGAUAAAUUUUUCUUUUCUUUACUCGGUAUAGGUAUUUAAUUUUCAAUAUUAUAUAGAAAACGCAAAAUAAAAUUAGUUUUAAAUAUACAGUACAAUAUCAUUUCAUUUUAGUUGUUUUCUUUUCAGUCUUUCAUUUAUAAUCCGUAAUAUUUAUUAAGUGUUAUGGAAUCUCCUUAUGAAUUUCUUACAUGAAAUUACUACAAGACGGCGGCAUAUUUACGGAUUCAAAAUAAAAUUAAAUUUUAAUAGAUUAGUUGAUUCUUAAAUUUUUAAAAUAGCUUAGUUUAUAGAGGAACGCAAGUCUAUAAAAUUUGGAAAAUGUAAACUUUUUGGGAAUAAUUGGAAAAAUCAAACAUAAAAGAAGUUAAACAGUCGAAUGUAAAAACAUAUGCCAAAUCAUAGUACAGUGCAUUCCCGAAUAUCCGGUUCGCUUCUAUCCGGCUUCCGCACUAUCCCACCUAGUUUUCUUUGUCGUAAUUAAUCAAAGAAGGCAAGGCAUUGCAUUGGAAACAUUGCCAAGGCAUUAGAAGCGGGCGUCUCCUACGUGUCGUGUGCAAAAUACAAGCUGUGACAGGAAAAGAGCAGCGUUCUGCUUGUUGUUCAGUGUUUCGUCAGUGUGUAACGGAUCUCAUUUGUUGCCGCUGUUCCUGAUUAUAACUACAUAGUACGUAUAUAAUUCGAAUAUUGUUCUUGGGGUAUUAUUAGUGUUCUUUUAAGUUACCACAGCGAAGAUUUCAAAAUAAGUGAUAAACGAAAAAAGGUUUUAGCGACUCUGGAAGAGAAAUUACACGUUAAUUACGCAAUAAGUAAGAUAAUACGUAUUAUAACAGUAAGUUUGAGUAUAAAAAUUUUGCCUUCUGGUAUUGGUGGGCGAAGAAAUGAGUUCAUAGAUCUCCAGCCUAUCCGGCUUUUUUUUGUCAUCCGGUCCGGCUUUCCACCACAAUAAGCCGGAUACUUGGGAGUGUUGUAUUAUUUUUCCUAUUAAACAUUUGUAAAUUAAGUUGAACUUGGGGGCUUGCUAUUAUUCAUGGACAGGAAUGGAUCGAUUUGCAAAAUUCUAAACUGCGUCUCUUCCUUAAUCUGAAGAUUCUCAUCCCAAUUAUAUAUUUUAUUUUUUAUCUAUCCAAAUACAUUUUCUUAGCUCAUUAUUAAAACAAAAUGUGUUAUCGUGUCCCUAAAGUACUUCUACAAUAUACUUCUUGUAGCACCAUUAGAAGUACAAACGAGUCUAGUCACUUUUUUAAUAAAGUCAGAAAUAUUUGCUUUCAUCUCAGUGUUAAAGCUUAUUAGCAAAAAUAUCGAAUCAGUGCACCAUUCGUAACCGAUUUCGGCGGCCGACGUGAAUAAAGGACGCCCAGGUCACUAUUGCACAUUAUUGGUUCUGCACAUGACUUUAUGCUUUGUAUUAAGAUAUUUAAAAUGCUUAAAAUUUGCAAUACAAAUAAUGCUUCUUAAGUUAAAUAAGGGAUAAAUAUGUUUUUUUGCUUCAUGAAUUCGGCAAUUAAUAUGUGUAACAAGGUCUCACAAAAACUGUAGUUUAUUGCUUUUCGAUAUAAAUUUUAUGAUCAUGCUAAUUUACAAAUAUAAUUAAGAGUUAAUUCAUAAUUGCAUGUUUAAUAAAGCGCUUGAACUCAUAAAUUACAUGGUUUAUAAAUAGAAAUGUAUCACAAGCAUUUGUACUUGUGUUCCGCUUCUGAAUUUCUCGAUUAUUGUGAAUGCAAGAUACUAGUCAGGAAACUCGAGUUUAUUGUGUUUGCCAAUGAUUUUCUUUUCAAAAUAGACUCUUAAUUUACAGUAAGAACACUUACUUAUAAGCUAAAUAUAGUUUUUAAAUUCUUAAUGCUAGUAACUGCAAUAUGAAAAAUAUUUUUAAUGUGUUUUGUCAUUGACAUCUGUGACCCGCAUGAAAAUGUAGAUAUCUGACAAAAGCUACAUAUUAUUGUCUCUGCACGACUUUCCAUUUAUUUGAUAGAUAUGCAUGUUACAUAAAAAGGAACACGAAAGGUGCCAUAUGAAAUAGCUGUUAGAUAGAAAUGCAAAUUAACUUCAUUUUUUACCAUUGUUUUUUUUCCAGUUAUAGAUGUAGGUACAUGAAUACAAUUCGUUACUUGUAUGAUAGACAAAGACGAAUUUGAAAUAUGUUAUCUGUUGCACGCCUGUGAAACUAUUUGUAAAAAUUCUCGAAAUAUAUCAAUAAUUUUGUGUUGUUUGAAAUAAAGUAUGAUUUUUACGAA